GGGAGCGGGUUCGCCGGGGCCGGGUAGAGACUGUCUGUCAUUUUCCUGUUGUGGAUGACUGUGACAGCAGAUCUACUCAGCCAUGUCGUACGGACCAGGUUUUGGGGAUCCUAAUCAACUAGCCCAACGCAUAACUUCUAACAUCCAGAAGAUCACACAAUGCUCUGCUGAAAUACAAAGAAUACUCCAUCAGCUUGGAACACCACAGGACACGCCUGAGUUGAGGCAACAGCUGCAACAGAAGCAGCAAUACACCAACCAACUUGCCAAAGAAACUGACAAAUACAUUAAAGAGUUUGGAUCUUUGCCUGCAACAAGUGAACAGCGUCAAAGAAAGAUACAGAAAGAUCGUCUUGUGGGAGAGUUCACCACAGCACUAACAAAUUUCCAAAGACUCCAAAGGCAAGCUGCUGAGAAGGAAAAAGACUUUGUAGCCAGAGUAAGAGCCAGCUCAAGGGUGUCUGGUGGGGCUCCAGAAGAUAACUACAAAGAAGGAACACUUGUCUCUUGGGACAGCCAACCACAAACACAAGUGCAAGAUGAAGAAAUUACAGAAGAUGACCUCCGUCUUAUUGAGGAGAGGGAAUCUUCCAUUAGGCAGCUUGAAGCUGAUAUUAUGGACAUCAAUGAAAUUUUCAAAGAUCUAGGAAUGAUGAUUCAUGAACAAGGUGAUGUAAUAGACAGCAUAGAAGCCAAUGUGGAAAGUGCAGAUGUACAUGUGCAGCAAGCAAACCAGCAGCUGUCAAGAGCAGCAAACUACCAGCAAAAAUCCCGAAAGAAGAUGUGCAUACUCAUUAUUAUACUUGCUGUUGGAGCAUUGCUUGUUGGAGUCAUCAUAUGGUUAAUUGCAAGAUAAGUCUCUGGAGAAAGCUUUGUAAUUUGUAUUUAAAUUAGGAAAUUCAUAGUCAUGGUUUGCUCAUUGUGAAGCUGAGUAAAAUAGUGGUUCUGUAUUUCAUCACGCUUACUUUUUUUAUAAGACUUUUUGUUUUAACCUGAGAAGUAAUGUUCUCAGUACUGCCAUCAGUAUAGCUGCCUGGCCUCUCAGAUGUGGGUGCUGUCUUACCAGGAAAAUAACAGUCAAGAUCAUAAACUGUUCUGUUAAUUUAAACAUGAAACAUCUUAAAGUUUAGGGGGCUAAUCAAAGUAAGGAUAACUUGUGUUGACAGGGUGGGUAAUUAUCUUUUGGGGUAUUGCUAAAUGUUGCUGCCAAAACAAACUCCUGAAUUGUUGCUUGAGGCAACAAAUUCACAUCUCAGAAUUUAUUUUUAAGUUAGAAAUAUAUUUCUUCUCUUUCCCUUCCAUCGCAUUCACCUACCCAUUUGAUAUGGGUAGUUCAAACAUACAACAUAGGUUGCUGAAGUUGAUGUGAUCUCUCUUUUAUACCUGAAGCCUGUGAAUUAAGCCUUCAGUUUGCUUGAGAUCUUUUAAAUGUUCCAUUUAUCUCUAUAUCUGGCAUCAAGUAUGGUUAUGUCUGGAAGCCUCCUGGAAAGGUAGGGAGGUUGAAUGAUGUAGUUAUGUGAAUUUUUUUUCCAGUCCUUGCAUUAGGAAAUACUGUGUUUUAUUGCACACAUCUGGUAUCUUUGCAUCUGAAGUGUGCAUGAGUGCAUUUGGUUAGACAAAAAUAUGCUCUAGUCUGUGACUUCAUAGACUUACUGGGAAGAAUAGAAAUUCCCAACUUCCUAGCUGCACUUGAAUGUCACUGUUCUGAAACUGCUGUGAUUUAGUUUCCAUGAACAGGUACAAAGUUGAAUGUGAUGUCUUUCACACAGCUUAAGAAAAGAAGAUUAGAAGUUCAAUUCCAAGUUCAACACUGGUAUUUGAAAUUAAGUUAAAAUCAGUUGAACUGACUGAAAGCAUUUAAAAAGUUUGAUGGUUAUAGCCUUUAAAAUGACCUUUUUUCCUUUUGUGCCAUUUUGUACUAAUAUAUUAAAAAUGUAAAACCACUUUUUUGCCAAUUAAUCUAUUUGCCUUUUUACUUAAUCUUGAUUAACUAAUCUGAAAAGUGUACAGAUAAAAAAGUCACUUAAUCUGUAUUUUAUAGAGUUCCUCCAUACCAGAAUGAUAGAGAAUACACUGUGUACAUGGUGAGCUAUGAAAUAUUAUUUGGGAAGAAUCUAACUGUAAGCAUAAAUGAAUUGUAACCAUGCAACCAAAAUAAAGGCCUUUUAAAGAGUG